AUGUACGAUUCCCUUACCUGGGCAAAGCCCGCGGCGUUAGGAACAAAUAAAGGGAUAGCCGCUAAGCUUAGGGCGGUUCAAGGCAGGUUCUUAAGGCUUGUGGCGUCCGCAGCGGAUGAGACGAUAUCGAUGCACCCUCUCGUGCAGGAAUCAGUGCGGUAUUGGUUACAGCAUCAGGGGGAGAAGGAGGCGAGUGUGGAGCACGCGGUUAAAGUGCUAGCCGCCAGCUUUCCCACCGGAGAGUACAGCAACUGGCCGGUGUGCCAGAACCUAUUCCCUCAUGCGCAGGCCACACUGCGUCACCAAGGGACCGGUGUCAUCAUGAGAGAAAGUCGAGGACGUCUCCAGUAUCAUGUUUCGUGGUUUCUAUGGCUGUCUUGGCAGUAUACAGGGGCGUUGCAACACGUCUCGAAGUCCUAUCAUAUUCGCGCAGCGCUUUAUGGAGACGAAAAUACCGAAUUCCUCGACAUUUUAGAACUAAUGGCAGCCGUGCUGCAAUCUCGAGGGAAUUACGAGGACACGGAGACGAUGCAUCGACAAGCGCUGGCGGGAAGGGAGAAGGAACUAGGAGAGAAUCAUCCCGACACGUUGACGAGCGUGAACAAUUUGGCGGUGGUGCUGCAAGAUCAAGGGAAAUACGAGGAGGCGGAGGAGAUGUAUCGACGAGCGCUGACGGGCUACGAGGAGGAGCUGGGGGUCGAUCAUCCCGACACGUUCAGUAGUGUUCACAACCUUGCCUAUCUCCUCCAUGCCCGGCAAUAUUUCCAGCAAGCGAUGGACCUCUAUCAAUGUGCCGUUGCUGGCUUUAACAGGGUGCUGGGACCAGAUCAUCCCACCACGGCGGCGUGUUGA